ACUGGUUGUGUUUCCGGUGUGUGAGGACGCGUGCUGCUUCUGAGGACGACAACUGCAGGUUCCUUCACUUUUUAUCACGAUCAACCCCGGAGGACAGACACCAGGCGGAGUGAGGCACCGAUCCCCGGAGCCGAAACCCGACAGGUGAAGCUCCUGACUGGACCAUGAAGGAGAGGCAGCGUCAGGACCUGAUGGAGGAAGACAGCAGCGACGGUGAAGACUCUGACGUGGAGAGGAACUUCACCCUGCUGACGGAGCGAGGAGGAGGAGGAGGAGGAGGAGGAGGAGGAGGACUGGAGGAAGGAAUUGCAGACUGUGGUGAAGAAGAAGAAGAAAACUCUGAUGGUGCUGAGGAAGAGGAUGAGAGCAGUGAAGCCUCUGAGGAGGAAGAGGACGAGGAGGAAGAGGAGGCAGCUGCUGGCAGCAGUGACAUACACACUGAAGAAGACAUGAAACGAGAACUGUCCAACAUGUCUUUUGAGGACAUCAUGAAGCUGCAAAACAAAGUUGGAACCAAAGUUUACAGUCAGGUGUCCUCUGGCCGCAGCAGCCAGACGGACGGCAGCAGGGCCGGCAAGAAGAAGCGCCUGAACAAGAACAGGCCCACUGAGGUUUCCUCCAAGCGUCCGGCCCCGUUCCUCCGUCAGGUCGUCUCCGUCAGGAAGCCGAUGUUGAGGGAUCCUCGAUUCGAUGAUCUGUCUGGAGAAUACAAAGCAGAGAUCUUCAACCAGACCUACAAGUUCAUUGAGAACAUCAAGUCCAGAGAGAAGAAGAUGAUCCAGAAGCAGCUGAGGAGAACCAAGAAGCAGCAGCAGAGGGAGAAGCUGCAGUUCCUCCUCCAGAGGAUGGAGAACCAAGAGCGAGAGCAGAGGCGGCGCGAGCAGCAGAGGGAGAGAGAGCUCCAGCUGAAGAGGCAGCAGAGAGAGCGAGCCAGCCAGGGAGCUGCACCCUUCUUCCUCAGCAAAGCGGAGAGGAAGAAGCUGCAGCUGGCGGAGAAAUACCAGGAGCUGAAGAGAAGCGGCAAACUGGACAACUUCCUGAGCAAGAAGAGGAGGAGGAACGCUGUGAAGGACCGCAGGAAGCUGCCCAGGAACGCCGCCGGCGCCGGAGCCAGAGCAGCGCCGGCACAGCAGGGAGCACAGCGGAACGACACCUGAACGGUGGAACCGCCACAGCACCUCUGGGACGCUCGGCUCCGAGUCCCUGACUGUUGGUACAGACCUGUGAGGAUGUGGAUUUACUGUUGGACUGUUGAGGCGCAGUGCUGUCAGGGUUUGAGCUCGGCUUUGUCAAUAAAUGGACUUCAGAAAAAC